AUGGUGGGCCUGCCCACAAUCGCAAGCAGCAAUUUCUUCCAACGCGAUGAUUUCAACAUCUCACUGCCCGGUCGCGCCGGCAACUCGCUUGUCAACAUUGGAAACCGCCGCGCCCAGUUUCGAACUCGACUGGAGAAGGAGAUGCGUGAACACGAUGAUCUCAUCGUGGGCGACUUCGAGGACACCUAUUACAAUCUGUCCCUGAAGAUGCGUCACAGCUUCGUGUGGGCGGCCAGGUUCUGUCGCGAACGCCCUGCUUUCAUGUUCCUCGACGACGACUUUGGUUUCAAUGAGAAACGCCUUCAGGCCGUUCUGUCCAGUCUGCCGGCGGAUUGGCGGCGCAGAGUUUCCAUUUCGAAUACUCGCUGGAAUAGCCCCACAGUGCGUCCUAGCGAUUCUGCUGCAUAUCGGAAGUGGGCACUGUCGAAGCCGGAGGUUCCGUGGCCAGUGCAUGCGCCCUAUAGCAACGGUUACUUUUACAUGCUUGGUUACCAUCACGUGGCGGAUCUGGCGUUGGCCAUGUCCUUCACCAAGAGCAUUCCCAUCGACGAUGUCUGGUUGGGUCUGGUGAUGCAUAGGAUUGGUCUCCAUUUCAACUUACCAACUGGGAUCACCAGCUCCAUGAAGCAUCAAGCCAAUGUCAGCGGGUAUAUUGUUUUACCCCUUAAUUCCCUCCUCACUGCAUCUACGCAAAAGCAACUGUAG